UAAUAUCUUACUCUUUAUUAUAAACUUCCUUUCUUCCUUUUUGGUUCCAUCACGCGGCACUGUGUGAUCUCUGCGAAGCUCUUUGCGCUCUCCAUGCCCUUUCUGGUUUCAGCAAUGAGCACAACAACAACAACAACACCGCCCGUCGACACCCCUAAUAUCAAAAAGCUGCGAAGCUACCUUAACUUUAGGACACGGAUAACAAUUACUGAUGGCCGAGUGUUCGUUGGCACAUUUGUGUGCAUAGAUAAGCAAAAGAACAUCAUUAUAGCACAUUCCAAGGAAUUCCGAGGAGAUGAGAAUCGACUUGUAGGACUCGUCAUGAUACCCGGCAAACACCUGGUCAAAGUAGAAGCAGAAGACCUGGACGACGACGAUAGGUUCCCCAUAUACGGAUAGCAGCAGCGUUUAUUGGAUUAUUCUUUUUUACUACUGCUACCACUACUACCACUACCACCACUACCCCAUGGAUUUUUUGUAAAUAAGGGCGAAUAGAAUUGUGCAUA